AUGAACGAGAUGCAGGACGGCGACACAAGCGAGCUCGGUCGCGCUGGCAUACUCUCUCUUCCCACCGAGCUCAUUCACGCCAUCCUACUCUCGUUACCACCCUUGUGCAUCGAGCACUUCUCACAAACAUGCAAACUCGCCCGCGAACAUGUCUACGGCGAAUCUCGAAUAGGAGACAUGCACCUGUGGAAACAGCUCUACUUGCAGCGCUUCGACGACUUCCCCAGCCUCUGGGACGCGGGCAACGAUAGUUCAUUGCAGCAGCUCCUGGAACAACACGAGGAGGAGAACGAGCAGAAAGCGCGCUCAUCCAGCUCAUCAGCAUCACAGACCUCGUCCUCCGUAGCACACACACCGACGAAGAGCGCUGCCUCUUCCGUCAUGUCGCUUGUCCAGCUCAGGGAUCGUGCAGCCCGUCUGUACGGCUCAGAUCCAACCAACAGCGGUCCCAUCUCGCUCAACUUCAACGCCGUUAUCACCGCGCUCUUAUCCGUCAUCGACACAUCGGCACCAACAGAUACACCACGCGAGUGUCUCAACACAAUAUGGCUCAGCGAUUCGAUUCUCUCUUCUGGUCAGAACACAUGGGCGGAAUGGGUGUUUCCUCGGUCCAUGUUGCACAACCUGGAUGAAUACAAGAUCGAAUCCGCACAAGCCGCGGCCAAUCAACCGAAAUCUCAGCAGGACUCCAAACGUCGUCGACUCUCUAGCGCAUCACGCUCAACUGAAAAGCAGCAAGAUGACGGCGGUCCCUCCUCAGCUUCAGCAUCAGCUGGCCCCUCACGCCGCAAGUCCUCGUCCAGGAACAACAGUGAACGACCCGACACCGGACGCAGAAGAUCCGCACGCCUCCUCAAACUCAUGUAUCCGGAGUCUCUGCACGGUCUUGUGGAUCAGGGCAUCGACAUUGACGAGAUUGCGCAGCCGCAGAUGCGACUCGCUGCCCGUAUCCAUUGUCUCUACGGUAUCCGAGCCUGGAAGGACUCACAAAAGUCGCGUCUUACCGAGAGCCCUCAAGAGAUCCCAGGUCAACGUCAACAGGAUGGUCUAGCGAACGAAGGUGCAGCGCAAGCAUCGGCGCAGGAGGCAUCGGCCAGCACAGAGCGAUCACAAGAAGCAGAGCAGUCCGGAACGCACGGACAGGAGACCGACGCGGCGGCGCAAACAGCGGAUACGAGAGGGCGCGAGCAAGAAGCCGCAGACGAAGAGGGUGAUGACGACGAUGAUGACGAGAGCUUCGACGAGCCACCUGCUGCUAUCCUCCGGUAUCGGCCUCGUACCUUCGGUCCCAGCUUUGGCUUCUGCAACGCGCCAGACGAGGAGGAUGAGGUCCGCGCCCGCAUGAGGCAUCGCGUCUACGAUGCCGGCUACUAUGGCUGGUCCAAUGGCUACGGCCCUCUCCACGCAUGGCGUCGACCUGCCCAACCAGAAGCACACAUCGAGGAAGAAAACGAGGAGGAAGAUGAUGACGUCGACAUGACGGAUGCCGUGAUGGGCCACGGAAGUCAGGAUGGCGACGACGAUGCAUUCCGUGAAGCCGCCGGCCUAAGCGACGACGAGAUUCCUGACGACCCGGUGCCCAUCGAGAUCGAAGUCGGCAGAGUCGGCGGCAGCAGCCGAACCUUCCAGGUGGCAGAUCGAUUUGGCAAUCCGGUCAGCCCCGAACAAGACAAUGAGCAGUCCGGCGCCGAGGGUUGGGACACGCCGCACGAACCAACACCCUACAACCCAGAUACAGCAGUGCUGAUCGGCUCGUCGGCCACCCGCACUGACCGCGCACUCGAUCAGCCCCCUGAUCUGGGAACCUACGAUGAAGAAACGCGAACAUACACGUACGAGGGCAGCUUGCCUGUCGGGAUUCGUACAGGCAGCGACAACAUCCAGGUCACCGUCGGAGACACGGUCGACUUUGUCGCCGCUGGCGAGCUCAAUCUUCGCUUCAUUCGACCAGGCCUGCCCGCUCAGACCAUGCGCGUCACCAGCGGCUACCCCAGGUCUGCCGCAGGAAACACCGGUGAAGAGGAAGAGGACGAAGAGGAGGAAGACGAUGACUACGACGAAGAUGCCGAAGACUGGGACGACGAGGAUGGUGCUGACGACAUGGACGACCUCUUCCGGCCGCCAUUCUUCGGUACGUUCCGGCCCAUGGAGGCAGCAGAGGGCUACCGCGGCUGUCGAGCGGACGACGAGGUCAAGCAGCUUGUGGAGCAAGCCGACGAAGAUCAGAAGCAUGUCGAGCCCGAGGAGCGAAAGAUGUGCUUGCGGCCCAAGGCUAUUCACUGGGAGCUCGUCGAGGCCAUCAUGCUUGUUAUGUACGCCAACUUGAAGGAGGCCAUCUGGCUAGAAAACUGGGGCGUAGGCAUCAAGAUUCCAAAGGUCUUUGACGACUCGGGCCUGCUGGUCCGCGAUCCAAUGGAGAAGCGCGAGUUCCUCGAAUUUCCCACCGGCUGGAUCUCGUCGCUGCCCGUGCCACUGCAUUCCAAGCUCAACGUCGAGACGGCUGGACCACCCGGCAGUCCGCCUCGCUCGCCGCCAAGGACCAAAGAACAAGACGACGAGAAGCCACACGACUGGGCACGGUGCGAGAGCUUCUGGGCUGGAACGUACGCCUUCCUCGACUACUCGCACUUUGUCGAUUUCAACGUACGCAUGGCGCGACGACGCAGGCAGGCCAUCACGAACUCUCAGGCUCAGAAGGACUCGAGCAACGGCAAAGGAUCGUCUCACAACGGUCACAACAACGAGGUACCGAAGCCGAAUCUCGUCGGCCAGGAAGAGGCCGUGGGCGAUUGCCUGCAGCUGCGUCUCGAGCUGCUGCCCAAGUCGCAACAGCCGGAGUACAACAAGAACGAGGAGGGACAGGACGAUGAUGACGACUACCCAACACUCUUCUUCCGCGGAACGACGGUCACCUACUGGGGCAACGAAGCGCCGAUGCCGCGUGGCGGGGUCCAUGGCAAGGUCCGCCCAGUCUAUGCUCGGGAGGAGGAUAUCGAUGAGGUCAUGUCCAAGGGUCCUCGGGGCAAGAAGAAGAUCGAAGGCUUGCAUUGGUCGUUGACGCACGUCUACGAAGGCGAGGAUCGAUGGCAGCUGGAAGGCAUUCAGCCUGGACCGCCUGGCACUCGAGCGCCCAUCUUUGGCAUCUGGACGGAUGCUUUGCAUGAAGAGGAGAGCCCCAAUGGGCCGUUCGUGUACUGGAUGAUGGACGACCGGCCGUGGAAGGAGAUCGAACGGAUUAAUCGGCAGGACGCUCACGCCGCAGCAGCUGCUAGGGCCGCCAGGUGA